CAAGAUAAAAAUAUGAAUGCGAAGGAGUGAUGCGAGGAUUGCGCGUGAAAUAAUUUUUGACAUUUGUUUUGAAGAAAUAAAUAUUUCAUUUUUAAAAAGCAUGUAAUUUUUUUAGAUUGUAAUUUUGAAGCAAGUUAGUUUUCCUUUUCCAUUUCUUUUGACAAAUCGUUUAAAAAUAUAAGCAAAGCUGGGUUUUUCGUUUAUUUUUUUAAAAAAUUUACUGCAAUUAAUUUUAUCAAAAAGAUGGAUAACCUGGAAUCGCAAGAAAUGGAAUUAUUAGCCUUACAAAACAUAUACGAAGAAAGGGAUUUUAAAAUAGAUGAAAUGAAUCCUCCCAGUGGUAAAUUUGCGGCCCAGGUUCGACUCCCUCGGUCUUUUUUGAUACGCUAUAGGUCUUCUCAAGGCAGUUUGGAUUCUCAAGAUAAUGAAGUGCAUACUGAAGAGAGUUUUCAAAUAGAACAUUUACCUCCUAUUAAUAUAUGUUUCCGUUUCCCAGAAACUUAUCCAUUGCAAACAUGUCCAGCUUUUCUAUUGUCAUGUAAUUGGUUAACUCUGAAACAGUUGUCAGAUUUGUGUAGACAUCUAGAAUCAGUUUGGGAUUCGAAUCGAGAUGCAAUUCUGUUUACCUGGUUUCAGUUCCUUCAAGAUGAGACAUUAGAAUUUUUAAAAAUAAAUGACAGCCUUGAUAUAACUGAACUGUUGAAAUUCAAAAUACAAGAUAAUUUUCGGACUAGAGUGCCAUCAAAUAAUGAAAGUUGUGAGGAUUCUGGUGCUACUGCUACUAAGGAUUGCAGUUUACAAGAUAUGAAAACUAUAUCUGAAUUACUGAAUCUUAAACCUUCUAUAUCAGGAGGUUGUAAUUCUAUAGAUGCACGUGCAUUUAAUAUGUUAAAUGGGAAAAAUUUAAUACAGUUAUUAAAAGAUCAUAAUGAAAAAAAGAAAGAGGAAGUUUUUAGAACUUCUACACAUGUUUGUAAUAUUUGUUUCCUUGAAAAAGAAGGAUCCGAGUUCAUAGCAUUUAGACCUUGUAAGCAUUCAUUUUGUAUAGAAUGUGUAAAACUAUAUUUUGAAGGGCAAAUUGAUGAAGGAAAUGUUAACUCUUUACAUUGCCCUGAUGGUGAAUGUGAUUCUCAAGCAGAUGGGUCAGUAGUUCGACAGGUUGUAAGUAAAGAACUCUAUGAAAAAUACGAUACAAUUCUACUUUCUCGCACACUGGAAGACAUGCCUGAUGUUACAGUUUGUCCUCGUCGAUUAUGUCAAUGUCCUGUGCUUCUUGAUAGUUCUGGUCGAAUGGGAACUUGCGCUGCAUGCAGUUUUGUUUUUUGUGCUCUGUGCAAAAUGGCAUACCAUGGUGUUGCCCCGUGUGUGUUUAAAAAAGUAGAAAAGCUGUCUCUUUAUCAAGAAUACACAAAGGGUAAUUCUACUGUCAAGAAGGCGAUAGAGAAACGUUAUGGAAAACGCUUUAUAAAGGCAAUGGUUGAAGAUACUUUAUGUGAGAAUUGGAAGAGUUCUCAUACUAAAAACUGCCCUCAUUGUAAAGCAUCUAUACAAAAAAUUGAUGGUUGUAAUGAAAUGAUGUGCUCUAAAUGUGGAACCUAUUUUUGUUAUCAAUGCGAGGUGGAGCUAAAGGAUCCAUAUGAACACUUUAGAAAUUGUUUAGUAUCUAAUGUGGAUGUGGAACGUACUGAAUUUGAUUAUGUUUUUGAACCAGAAGAGUUUCGGAAUGUUAAUUUUCGAUAAAUUCAUUGUGCUCAGGAAUUUUAUUACAUAUAUCGCAGAUUAUUUUAACUUUGUUAUUUAGUCUGUAAAUUUUAAUAUUCAUCUAUAUCUGUUUGCAAGACCUUCCAAUUCAUAAUUUAUAUAAAUAUAGGGAAAAAAUAAGGUUAUAUAAAGUUUUCAUAGAUUAUUGGGUAAGUUUUCAAGCAUUCUAAGAGGCUUUACUGAUAGCAAUAAUUCUUCUAGUUCAAUAUUAAAUUACAAAUAUACAUAGUGACAAUAUCAAUGACUUCAAAUUGUUUAAUAUUAAUUUUGUCUCUAAAAACUCUGAUGUUUUGUUUGUUGAAUUUAAAACCUGAAAGAAUAUAUCUCAAUUACUUUAUUUUUAAUGAUUUCUUAAAAAUAUGAAGCUACUUUUCAGAACUUUCAUAUAUCCUUUUUCUAUUUUCAGUUUUUCAUCAAAGGAAUUCUUUGUGUGUGUUUGUGCGUUUACUAUGUUGGUUAUAUAAAAGGAAAGAUUGUCCAUCAUUUUGUGAUUAUCAUCUGUUUAAUAUUUUAGAUAAAAAUUUGUUUUCAUUCCUUUUCAAUAGUAAUCACAUUUUUAGUACUUGUGUUUUAUCAUCAUGAUGUUAAACAGGGACAGAAAUCGUCCACAAAUACCUAUUUUAUUAUUAUUAUUAUUGCUUUCAUAUAAAUUAUUAUAUGAAAUAUUAUUUAUAUGAAAUACCAAUAUUAUUUCAUAUAAAUAAUAUUGGUAUUUAUGAUAUUUUUCUUUUGUUAAAUCAAGAUUAAUAUAAUAAAUAUAUACUCAAUUAUGACUGAAAUGUUAUCUUUUAAACAUGAAAGAAAUGUUUCUUGUGUGAUAAAAAAUGCGUAUGUUGAUAUUUAAGAAUGAUUGCAAUC